CAUGGUGUGAUUGGUAAUUGCAGGAAUGCAAAAAGUGGUAGUUGCGGAGGAUAUGUGCCCCGAGCUCAAUGUUUAUUGAACAGGUAUGCGACAUAUGGACAUGAAUAUCUAUAUCCACAGGGUGUUUACAACCCUUAUGCAGCUCAGCAGUACCUUCAGAUAUAUGGAGUACCUGGAUCAGUAGGCACUGCUCUCUAUCCCUAUGGACAACUGGGUCAGACUGUUCCUAGCGGACAUGGUUAUUCAGCUGUGCAGGGAUAUGCAAUGCCAAGUCAUCAAAUAGUGCAGUUUGGUGGACCCAGUGCUAAUGCAAUCACGACUUCUCCAAUGCCCACAAUCCAAACUCCUUAUCCUGGAGGUAUAGCAACACCAGUUCCAGCACAGCCACAGUUUAUAGUUACUACUCCUUCUCAGUUUAUGCAGGGUAGCGGUUCUGACCAAACAACUGGGUGAGGAGUUGAUCAAGGUAUCCUUAGAUUGCAGCAGGACUAAGAGCAGCGGAACUGCUACUUGAGUGGCGGGCUUCGGAUCUAGCCUUGCAAACUAUUUAUUUUGCAUUCUAGAGGUCAUACGUAGUCAUGCUCACCAGAGAAGUCAUAUUGUCUGAGUCGCUCCAGAUGGUGGAGAAGCAAUAUGGAGGAUGCAGAAAGCUCUUCCUUUACCCUGGUGUAUCUAAAUUCUAAACCACAUAUACUGCAGUCUCUCGGGUUGGGUGGCUGGCAGUCAUGGAUUGAUGGAUGCUGGAAUGGGUUUCUAGCAACCAUAUAGGAAUAAAAUGGUGUAAAAAUACAUGUUAGAAUCAACAUAUGAUUCUUUUAUAGUCUAGUCCCAGCAUUUGGGUGUAUAGAUAGUCUCUGGUGUCUGGUGGUGUCCUGCAUUGUAUGUAGACAUGGUUCUAGUUUUGUGCAUAUUAGUAGUAGGGGUCAUUGGACACACGAAAACUCUGCAUUUUAUGAAUUAUUAUGAGGGCCUGACUUCAAAGCAUGGAGGAAGCUCCGGAUGCAUUUUCUUUGAAAUGAAAAGACCAAAAAAGAAAAAAAAAUUGUGUGUAAA